AUGAGGUUCCCCGACACCCGUCGCGAUAUCCGUUGGCAAAAUCUCAACAUGUUCCCAAUUACUAUUUUACUCUUCAUCUUCAAUCUGGUGAAUAUCGGUGUUACCAGCGCCUACAUCGGCACAUACGAUUUAUAUGUCAACCCUUUGAGCAUCAGCAUCAUAUGCACAUGUGUCAUUUCAAUAAUACACACGUUUGUCGACAUCCUCGUUAUUCCCCAUAACAAGCUUAGUCCAAUCUACGUCACCAUAAUGUCCUCCUUCUACACUCUAUUUUGGACGGGCGCAGUUAUCAUCAGUGGCAUUUCAAUGGCUUUUGGACUCAGCUACGGGGAAUGUAACGCAUAUUAUUAUGAUUACUAUAUGUACAGAGACACCAAUAGCACAGGCUGUCCGAUGCUGAUAACAACCUUUGUUUUCAGUGUGUUUACACUCGUUUUAUAUGUAUCAGCAUUAUGCGUCGGUGCUAUAGCACUGGGAAGAUUCCAAAAAAUGGCUCUAGGGAGACAACGCGCUAGUUACGCUGUAGAAAACUAUCAACCCAAUUACUCUCAGAGAGGCCUGGAUAACAACCUCGAAAUCUUCCCAAUCCCUCCGACUAUGGAACUCCCUAAUAAUUCAAUCCCAGGUAGAAAAGUGGAGCUGAGUGCAUAG